AUGUAACAUUAAGGUGAUUUAAUGAUCAAUGUAUAUUUAAAACAUUCUUAUUUUAGGCUGAUUUAAUUAUCAAACAACUUCAAUGUGCGGUGUGUAUAAAUGAAUUUAAUAACCCAUUUUUAACUAAAUGUGGACAUUGCUUUUGUUAUGUAUUUAAUGAAACAUUUAAAAAAGAAUUGUAUCGAAGAAGUCAUUAACAGAUAUCAUAAAUGUCCUUUAUGUAAUUUGGACUUGAAUAAAACAGAUAUUUUUAAGAAUAAUCAAAUUAAUCAAAUAAAAUGUACUUUCAUUUUUUACAUAGAAAUAAUUGAUGAGUAGAAAAAAUAAUAAUUAAAUAAUAAAGUAAACAAUGUGUUUGGGGAUUAAACUACUAAUUCUUUCUUACCUGAUUAUAAAAUGAUAUCAGAUGUAAAUCAAUCUAAUAAAAGAGAUGUUUAAAAAUGCAAUUUAACAAAUGUACAAUAUAUAUGAGAGCAAAUAUAUUGAUGCAAUAGAUGAAUUCAAAGCUCGAUAAUAAGAACUUAAAAUUGAUUAUACAUAAAAAUUAGAAACUGCCAAAGAGGUAAUCUCCUUUGUGUCAUAAAAGUAGGAUCAAGUCAAAGAAUAAAUUACUAAUAAUUAUAAAGAAGCAUUGAGACAAAUUGAAAAUAGUUUUAAAUAACUAAAAGAUUAUUAUGCAGAAUGUGUAUAUAAAACAUUGGAAUAAUUUAAAUGUGAAUAAAUUGAUGUAAGAAUUAUAUUUAAUAUUUAGAUUUUAAUUUAAAUUGUUUUGCCAUAACAAAAUACUUAAUUUCCUUGGCCAUUUAAAGUUAACAAUAGAAUUAGUUCAAUUGCAGAAGUUAUUCUUCAAUAUUUUGAUAAAAAAAAUGAUCCAAUCUAAAAUUUUGAUCCAUCUAGAUUAAAAAUUAUAUUUUGCAAACCUUAAGAUCUCUAUAAGAUAAGUCAAUUAGUAUAAAAAUAAGAUAUUGACAUUAUAUCUCAAUAAUAUCAAAUUUAUCCUAUGAAUAGUGAGAUAUUUUUGGCAUCUUUGGGUCAAGUUAAGCAAGGCUCUAUUAUUGUUGUUAUUAGUAAUAUUAAUUUGAAGAGCUCAUAACCUAAAGAAUGCAUUACAUAUAAAUUUAAUAAAGAUAAAUUAGUUGAUUAUUUUAGUUGUCAAUAAUGUAAAAUUCAUUGGGUAUGUCAAACUUGUAAAGACUUUUGUCAUUAAGGACAUUAAUUAUCAAUAUAUAGACAACAAGUCAAACCAGAUUGGGCUUGUUGUUAUUGUGUAUCAAAGGGAUUUUGUAAAGCAUUAAAUAAAAAUAAUUAAUGA